GCGUACUCAAAAUGUUUUUCUAUGCGUGUGCUGCUGGUCUUUGUGGUGCUCUAGCGUCGACGACUGCAAAGUUAACUAGCAGCCCAUCUACUGCUCUAACCCACCGUUCGUUAUGUUGGUUUCUGAGACAAACCAACGACAUCCACCAACCGUGUGAAGGACCCACGCUUAUUGUAAGCAGAAUAUUAUGGUGUAGUCUUACCAUCCUCCUCAAUGUCCUAAUGUGGUUAACUUUCACUCGAAGUUUGCAGCACUCAUCAUCAUCAUCAGAGGCUCUGGUCAUCAACCUUGCAACAAAUUUUUGUCUCAGUGCACUCAUUGGGGUCGUUUUCUUCGGUGAGUGUUUGUCUGUGUUGUGGUGUGUUGGAGCGACGAUGAUUGUGUGUGGCAUUGCAAUCAUGCAAAGAGCAAACUGUGCACAGGAAGAGGACAAGAAGAAGCGAUCGUGAUCAUUGUACUGUGUAUCAACAUCACAAAAGACAAUAGAAUCCCAAUCUAAUUUAUUGAAAGUUUGACUAGCGUUAAUAACAAUAAUAUAUGCAUCAAGU